AUGACAGCUCCCCUUCCUCCACCGUCAACGUCCUCGAAACAGCCGUCAACCUAUGAGUUCACCAAGCGAAAGCGAUGGGCAGAUCUUAUUCUCGCUGAACUCGUAGAUGACGUCUUGUUUGUCUUGUCGCCUACUUGCAAGAUUCUUUUCUGCAGUGCAGCGGUCACUGAGCUCCUGGGUUGGAGAGACGUUGACAUCUUGGAUCUCAACUUCCUUGAAGUAAUUGAUAGUGCGGAUCAAGCACGGUUUCGCGUUGGAUUUGACGAAUGCACCAAGACCAGCCUUGGAUUCCAUGACUUGAUACAGUUGAAGAGCAACGACAGCGACCACUUUUAUGGAAAUGAGCCACCGUCAGGCGCUCUCCUCUUCGAGGUCAAGUGUUUUCCUCACACUGUUGUGGGAGACGGUAAUGCCGAAACCAAAGUUUUUCUGGCUAUGGCGUCCCCACAUCCUAGCCGCAAUGCCUCAGCUUUGCACACUAUGUUCGUCUUGAAAGCAGAGAACGAUCGCUUGCAACGGAAGGUCACUGAGUAUCGGAGUCGCCUACCUUCCAAUGACUUGCUUCCUAGUCACAAUGCUCGUGGGGGAUCACACACAAAUUCAAUAUAUGCGACAUCGUCCUUGCAUUCGCAAAAGAAUAUUGCAGGGUCGUUCUCUGGGUUUCCACAGGCUGAAGUGGAUAUUGGAAAUCAGUAUAGCCAGUACCUUCCGCAGCCAACAGCGACAGGACAGUUUGGUGGUCUCACGUUGGGUGCCAAGGAGCGAUUAGAGCCGAUAAACGAAGCUGUUACUGCUACUCUGUCGAACAAUUUCGACGAACCGCUUGACAGUGAGGGUACAGCCAAAAAGAAGAUGAAGCGAGCGCAAAACGCGGAACAAUACGUGUGCGUCACAUGUGGCCGUACUGAUUCUCCAGAAUGGCGAAAGGGCCCUCUAGGACCGAAGACCCUUUGCAACGCUUGCGGACUUCGCUGGGCCAAACAAAUGCAAUCCUCGUCGCGACUGAAAACGGACAACUCUUAG